AUGGAAGCUCGCCAUGUCGCGUUGCGCAGUUUGCAGGCGGCGGGCCUGGGACCGGUGGCGGCUGGUGCUGGUGGGGACGGUGGUGACAGCCAGUGGGCGCCCCACCGCCAAUGCUCCGUUGCAGCCCCGAAAACCUCCAUCUCUCGUCAACGUCGGUCCGUCAAAGCAAAGCAAACCAGAGCAGAUCAGAGCACCAACAGCGCUCGCUCGCAUCCUCUCGGGCCGUUCCUGGCUCAGCUCUCGGCUACAUCUGCUCCUCCAACCGCCGCCGCCGCACCCCUGGCCGGCUUCCCCGAGUUUCGGCUCUCGCAAUAG